AUGUCUCUCGUCAACUUAGCAAACGUUUGCUCGCACAUCCAGAAUGUUACACGCGUUAACAAAUCGUUGACCUCUAUUCCUUACACCAAGCUGCAUCUCCAAGUUGCUCUUGGUCUCUACCGUGAAGGUUUCAUAUCGUCGAUCCAGCGUGGCUCGCUGACUGGUCCCGACCAGACCUUUACUCCUGCAACCUAUGAUAACAUUUCUACUCGCAGACUUUGGCUUGGCCUUAAAUACCACAAUACUAAGCCAGUUAUUUCAAAAAUGUCUCUUAUCUCAAAACCAAAUAGACGAAUCAGCCUCGAUGCCCACCAAAUCAAGAAGCUGCUUGACGGUACAUCUGUCCGCCACGUUCCUACCCCGCAGCUCGGGGAGGCAAUCUUUGUCAAGACCGAUAUUGGCGAGGUUGUUGAGAUCCAGGAGGCUGCUCGUAGAGAGCUUGGUGGUGAACUGUUAUUAAGAGUUCACUAA